AUGUGUGCUAUGAAAAAAAAGUGUGAUUUGAUCAGAAAAGAUCCUGUAACAUGUGUUCGUUAUUUCGAACAUCGAGUAAAAUGUCUAUGGGAAAUAUUAUCAGCUCCUUCUGGUCUAUUUCAAGGCUAUGAAUUAGAAGACAAAUAUGUCAGAAUUGAAUUUCAAGCUCGUGGUUCACCACAUGUUCAUGCCUUAAUAUGGUUAAAAAACGCUCCAAAAUAUGACAAAAAUAAACCUGAAUCAAUUAAAAAAUGUAUAGAAUUUAUUGAUAAACUGAUUUCAGUUAGUUCGAAACCAACACAAUUUUCUGCAGAACUUAUAAGUUUGCAACGUCACAAACACUCACAUACUUGUAAAAAAUAUGUGAAUGGUUGUAUUAUAUGUCGUUUUGGUAUUCCAUAUUUUCCAAUGAGAGAAACUAUGAUUAUGGAACCAUUUGAUGACGACGAAAAGUUAACUAGAAACGAACGUGACGAAAUAAGUAAAAAGAGAGAGAACGUAAUGAAGGAGCUUGAUAAAUUAUCAAAAGAUAUCGAUAAUUUAUUAACUUUUGAUGAAUUCUUGGAACACAUUAAUAUGAAUGAAAAUGAUUAUAUUAAAUUGAUACGAGCUGACUUAAAAAAAGCAAAGGUCUUCUUGAAACGUGCUCCAAAUGAAGUUAGAAUCAAUGCAUAUAAUCCACAAAUAAUGUCAUUACACAAAGCAAAUAUGGACAUUCAGUUCAUUCUUGAUCCUUAUGCAUGCUUAAAGUACUGUGUUGAAUACAUCAACAAAUCUGAAAAUGGCAUGUCUAAACUUCUACGAGAAGCAUUGAACGAACUAAAAAAAGGCAAUAACACAGUUCGAGAACGUCUUAGAGUUAUUGCAAAUAAAUUUUUGAAUUCAAGUGAAAUUUCAGCACAAGAAGCUGUUCAUCAUAUUUUAAGUAUUCCACUUUCCAUCAGUAGCAGAAGUACUGUAUUUAUUAACACAAAUAGACUUGAAAACAGAAUUUCUAUGCUCAAAUCAGAUGAAAUUCUUCAGAAGUUGUAA